CCAGUUCUGUAAUCAGCACAUCAUGGCGCCCGUUCCUGGCCUGCUGUACGUGACGAUGCAGCCGCAUGGCGACCUGCCAGCCGAGGAGUUCCACGACUGGUACAACAACGAGCACGGCCCGACGCGUCUACGCCUCCCCUUCGUCACCAACGGCUUCCGUUACCGCGCCACCGAUCUCGGCGAUGCAGGCGCCGGGUCCAAGGACAUGCCUGAGUGGAUGGCCGCGUACGACAUCACCGACAACAACGAGCUGAACUCCGACGCCUACCUGAGACUGCGGGGUCCGCCGGUCAAGUCUGAGCGCGAGACCAAUGUCAUGAAAAGGAUUGACGUCGAUAGAAAGUGCUUUGACGUUGUCUACGAGCAAGCAAGAGACGGCUAUCAGAAUCUGGAAGACGCCUACGCCGAGGACGCAGACCGCGGUGUUCUCGUCGCCGUCAGCGUUCGCUGCAAGCCUGGCCACGGCAUUAAAGAGCUAGUGAAGUUUUACGAAGAAGAGCACGUCCCGAUGCUCUCCAAGGUCCCUGGCUAUCGGCGCUCGCGCUGCUUCAAGACGUCGCAGAUCGUAAAGGCCUUGUCAGCCAAAGACCAGGCCGAGCAAGCAGACCCGGAAUUCCUCUCGCUGCACGAAUACGAUACCCAGAACGGCGUGGGCACGAGCCCAGAGUACAAAGCCGCAUCCAGCACGCCUCGCUUGCACAAGUUGAUGGAUGAAGCCGUCAGCGCGUUCAAGCGCCGUACCUACGCCCAAACCUACACCUUCGGCCCCGCGCCGCGCUUCCUGCACACCAAGCUGCAGCCCUUCACCUCCCCAGAUGGCGCCACGAAAACGCUCCCAGUAAACGGGCCCUCCCCCAGCGCCAUCGAGUCCUUCGUCACGACCCCCGACGGCGUCGACCUCCCCUACCGCCUCGAAGGCUCCUCCUCCCCCCACGCUCCCCUCCUCGUCCUCAUCAACUCCGUCCUCGUCGACUGGCACAUCUGGGACGCCUUCCUGACAUCCCUAACCGGCUACCCCGCGUUUGCGAACUACCGUAUCCUACGCUACCACGCGCGCGGCCGCUCCUCCAAAACCAUCGGCACGCAGCCCAUCACGCUCGACCUGCUCGCAGCCGACGUCAUCGCGCUGCUCGACGCGCUGCGCGUCCCGCGCGCCGCCGCCGUCAUAGGCGUCAGCCUCGGCGGAGCAACGGCCCUGAACGUCGCGCUCAAGCACCCCGACCGCGUCACGCGCUUCGUUGCCUGCGACACCAACGCCGCGGCGCCGGCGGGCAACGCCAAGGCAUGGGGCGAGCGCAUCGCGGUCGCGGAAGCGGAGAGCGCGACUGCGGCGCUGUAUGGGAAGGACAUUGACACGGUGGCUUCGGGCGACGAGCUCGUCGUCGGCACGCGCUUGGCGGAGCUGACUGUGAAGCGCUGGUUUGCGGGCACGAGCUGGGAUGGCGGCGACACGGAGAGACGGUGUCGAGAGGUGCAGGUGGCGGUGGAGCGCAAUAGUCUGGCGGGGUUUAGGGCGGUGGUGCAGGCGCUGUUCAAGUACGAUUUGUGGGACGAGAUGAAGAGCGCGAAUGCGCAGGGGACGUUUUUGGCCGGGAAGGAGGACGGCAAGGUCCCUGUGGGCAUGAGGGGCAUGGCGGAGGGGUAUGCGGGUGGGAAGGGCACCUUCUUCGAGAUCGAGGACGCGGGCCAUCUGCCGAUGGUUGAGAAGCCGGAUGAUGUUGCGGGGAUUGUGGCAAGGGAGUUGGGGUGGGUGUCGAAGUAGGAGGUGCCUUGGUCGGUUGUACGCUUUUAGCAGGUUAGAAAGCAUCAGGUGUGCAAGGACAUACUCAGUGGCAUGUUUGCUGUACAAAGGAAAUGCAUCGGAGGAGUACCGUGCC